GUCACGCGGCCUCCAGUGUUUUGAUUCACGGCUGAAGCAGGCGGGGCAGCCAUGGCGGAGGACUGGAGGUCUGGCUAGUCGCGUCAGAAACUGCCUCGUUUUGGCAUCGUUUCUUUUACUGCGUGAACCGCGGGGGCUGUCCGGCAAACGUGGCGUCUGUGUACGGAACACGGUUCUGUCCGGAGGACAUGGAGGCGGUGGCGGAGGAAGACGCGGAGGAGCGCAGGCGGGAGCACUGGAAGCUGCUGUCCAGUCUGAAGACCACAGUGGAAGGCCUCUUGUCCACCAACAACCCCAACGUGUGGUCACGAUAUGGAGGUCUGCAGCGUCUGCACAAAGACAUGAACAACAUCCUCAGCCAUGGACUGAAGAACGAGCAGGUGUACUACAAGCAGAGAGAUUACUGGCCAUUUGUCUGGUGUGUUCGCUAUAUCAGCCCACAUCUUGCAUCACAUGUUGAACAGUUUAGGCAUCUGGAGCCGGUGCUGAGCAGUGGCAUGCAGAGUGCUGGUGAAAGCUACAAGGCUGAGCGCUGGCUGCUUCAAAGCUUACAAGUUCACAUGUUGUCCGCUCAGCUAAAGCCUUUACUAAAGCACCUGAGUAACACAAGAAAGUACUACAAUGAUGAUGCCUUCCUGCUGAGCGAGCCUCACGUCACUGCGAUGUUUCAGUGUCUAGAAGCUGUGGAGCAGAAUAAUGCCAAACUUUUAGCCCAAGUGGACACUGUAGGGUUAUCACCAUUGAAGGGUCCACCAUGUCUGGGUUUGCUUAAGAGCCAGAGUCUGUGUGUGUUGCCAGUGUCCAACAUGGCUUUUCGGAGUGCUGACUCUGCUAUGAAAAAAGAAUCUCUCAGUCGUAGAUUCACUACAUCCAACGUCUCUCUCCAAGAGGCUGCAAGCCCAAACUGCGAAAAAUCCACCCCACUAGGAUCCCACAAUGGCAAUGGAGUCUCCACUUCACCGCCUAGUGGUGAGGGCGCCCCAUGGGUCUGUGUGUCCAAUUCCUCAGAGAAUAAGCAACCACUGGGGCCUUUGUCAGUGCCUUGUAUUCAGCUCCCAGAGGCCACCCCUGAGGCUGGUGACUGUGUUGAUGGUGAAUGCGAUGAUGGCCCAGAGUACCUGGCGAUCGGCAACCUUGGGCAGCGCAGCCGGUGUCAGUCCCAGAGCUCCACUCUGAGUAGCGAUCAAGGUGAUCCGAAAGGCCGGUCUAUACAUCAGAAUUUCCUCGCUCCGCCCCUUCCAAGACGGUCAUCCUGCUCGGAGGUCCAGAAUGGGCCAGGCCGGAAACCCAGAGGCCACACCCGCUCCUUUUCUGACACCAAUGUCAAUCAAAAACUCAGAAAUGGAGGCAGUCGGCGGAAAAUUGCCGUAAUAAUUGAAGAUCCUUUGGCAGAAUCUGCAGGCAGUGACUGUUGUAUAAAGGACUACAACCCAUUCUCACAUCAACAGAGCGACUCCAGCACUUCCAGUUCCCUGUAUAUGGAAUCCAGUGGGCCUGAGGGCAGGAGCCAUUCUGAUGGAAUGUUCAGAAAGCCGUCAGAGGGUCAGAGCCUCAUCAGUUACUUGUCGGAGCAGGACUUUGGCAGCUGUGCUGACCUUGAGAAGGAGAACGCACAUUUCAACAUUUCAGAGUCGCUCAUCGCAGCCAUAGAGCUCAUGAAGUACAACCUGCGGAAGCAGCAGGAAGAAGGUGAGGAGGAAGGAGACAGUGACUGUGAGAUUCAGCAGCUCAAACAGAAAAUACGCCUACGAAGGCAGCAGAUCCGCCGCAGCCGACUCCCAUCUUUCCCUGCAAACCAGCAUAUGUACCACUCCACAGAUAGCGGAGGCUCGAGGAGAAGCUCCCAGGAUUCAUACCAGGGUCUGUCCGACUCUGGCUCGGCUGAAGAGGUGGAAGAGUGCGAACUGCAAGAUGGCUGUGGGGGUGCCUCCAUGCUGGCAGUGUCUCGGAACGGUCUCUCCCUGUCACUCGCCUCCCUGUUCUCAGAUGCAGACAUUAAGCGUAGUGCUGGCUCCAGCAGCAGGUCCUUUCUCAGCUCCGAGUCAAUUACUCCCUCCUUCCUGCAGUCCAACUCUGCUGAGUCAGUAGCCAUGGGUUUGCUGCGGCAGUUUGAAGGGAUGCAGCUUCCUGCGGCCUCAGAGCUCGACUGGCUGGUUCCAGAGCAUGACGCGCCACAGAAGUUGUUGCCAAUUCCGGAUUCUUUGCCAAUCUCACCUGAUGAUGGGGAGCACGCCGACAUCUACAAACUCAGGAUCCGGGUCAGAGGAAACCUUGAGUGGGCUCCACCACGCCCACAAAUAAUCUUCAACAUCCACCCUCCACCAAAAAGGAAAAUGGUUGUGGCUAAACAGAACUACCGCUGCGCUGGCUGUGGUACUCGUGUUGAUCCAGACUACAUUAAGAGACUUCGGUACUGCGAAUACAUCGGCCGCUACUUCUGCCAGUGCUGCCAUGAGAAUUCCCAGGUUGUGGUUCCCGGUCGAGUACUGAUGAAGUGGGACUUCAGCAAGUAUUAUGUCAGCAACUUUGCCCGGGAUCUCCUGAGCAAGAUCGCUGGCGACCCGCUGUUCAACCCCAAUGACAUCAAUAGUGGCCUUUACAAGAAGAUCAAGAGUUUGGAAUCUAUACGGGUAUUAAGAAGGCAGCUAUUCCAUAUGAAGAAUCUGUUCAGGACGUGUCGCUUUGCAAAAGAGGUUUUGGACCAAUUCGACACCCUUCCGGGUCACCUGACUGAUGACCUCCACCUCUACUCCCUCAAUGACCUCACAGCUGUACGCAACGGCGACCUGGCCCCUCGAAUGAAAGAGCUGCUCAAACUGGGUACAGUGCAUGUCGCAAGCUGUGUGCUGUGCCAGGCGAAGGGUUUUGUGUGCGAGUUCUGCGGGAACGACAAAGACAUAAUCUUCCCCUUUCAACUCAGCAAGUGCCAGCGCUGUGAAGAAUGUCACGCGUGUUACCAUCGCAACUGUUUCCGCGCCGCAAAAGACUGCCCGCGAUGUCGGCGGCUGGCGGAGCGCCGGGAGAGGAUGGCGAGGAGAAACAUGGAGGAGCAAGAGGACGAGGGAGGUGGGAGUUGAUUUUCAAAAAAAAAAAAAGAAAGAAAAGCACAUCUCGACCGUGAUUGUAGUCAUUUACCUUUGUCGCUCUGAAAUGACUUGUCAUUCCCUUCACCAAGCAUAUGCCUCUUCGUCCAUUUGGUCUCUUUUGCUUUUCAACUUUCCUAAAUGAAGAUUAAAAGUUUGUCUUAGUUGAAGGUCACAUGAUCUCGAUGAGCUCAGGCUUUAGCCCUUUUGAAUACGUCACACAAAAAUACUUGACUUACAAAGGUUUCUGCUGCGACCCGCGGCGUGACAAUCGUCGGCUUUAGAUUUAUCUCUGACCUUCAGCCUCAGCGUGAGAUGGCGCCAGGCUUGUGCAGGGUUAGAUCCCGCCCCUGCAGACAUGCCACCUCUCAUCGGCUGGAUUCCCUCAAUUUUAUGAUCUGCACUUUUCUUUUUUUUUUUUUAAUUUUUAUUGUGUUAUUGCCACAAAUGUGCCUGUGGGACCGACGAGAUGUCGUAGUUGGAACGUGCCGAGUACAACUGAGACCUUGUUCACUCAGAAGAGCUUUACGUGUGUUUGUGUGUGUGUGUGGAACUGCUGUUCAUGCACAAUGUUUGCACCAGCCUAAUCAGCACUUGCCUCUGUUUUUUUUUUUUUAAUGUUUGACUUAUUGGUUGCACAGAUUCUGCAGUUUGAUGGAGGAGAAAAGCUGUGAUGUCACUUGUGUUUGGGGGUUGAAACGUGAUUCUUCACUGUGUUCCAAAUAAAGCGCACUGUGGUUGCACAACUGGAUGAAAGAUUUCAGUCCAAAAUGAGACUUGGCCUGAAGUGUUUCACGUUUAAUCCUUUUCCCUCCGUAUGAACGCGUUUGGAUUCUUGCACCCUAUGGCGAACCAGACAGCGCCCCCUUCUGGUAGCAAAAUUAGACAUUUGCACAACAACCGCUUGCGUCAGUUGGACAGAUUUGGAGUUUCAUGUGAAUAGUUAGAAUUUAGAGUCAAACUGAAACACAGAAACUGACCUGAUCUCACUACAGUGUGUAGCGCCGCUGUGUGCAUGUAGCCAUAGAAAGUCUGGGUAGUAGGUUUUAAAAAAAAUCAGAGUCUCAACAGCCUAACGGACAUUGUCAGACUGAGUCUCAGCAUCAGAACAUUUAAUUUUGUCUGAUCUUAAAGUCAGGUUUUCUAGUCUGAUAUUUUGAGUUUUAAGUUCAGAUAGUCUGACUUUCAAUACUAAGAAGUUUGAAUCAUAACCCCUAAGUUUGGAAUCACAUUGAUUUAAUAUCAAAACGGCGACUAGUCUGAUUCAAGAAGGUCAGAGUCGUAAAAGUCAGAGUUUCUGGUGAGAAAUUCUGAGUUUGAAGUCUUAAAUGAGUUGGGUUUGCUUGAGUAUUGAAGUCAUAAACUACUGCUGGGUGAAGUCAAGAACGUUCUAGGCGUCACUGCCUUGCUAUUCAUGGAAAGAAGCUUAACAACUGACCAAUCGGAACUAUUUAUUUUGUGAUGUCCAAAGGUGAAGGGUGAUGAUCAUUCCAGAACUUGUGAUGUUCCUUGCUACUUGGACUGAAGGGUUGUGUGUUACGGUUUCCACCAUUGUUUCACUCACAUGAUUUCAGCCUGCUGAUCUAUGAACAACGUAGAUGAGAACGUUCUCUGAAAUUCAAACAGCCUGAAGGAAACUUGCACGUCCCCUGUAGACUGAAUCAGUAGCUGGAACUAGAAACCCUCUGAUGUCACAGCCUCCUCUUGUCCAAAUACAGAUGCAGCUCAAACAAUGUUUGUCCUGACGGACGACUCACCUUGAGCAAUAACUGAUGUUCACCACUUUGAACCUCGUGAAAAGAACAUUUUUUUAAAUCAGCUGCUUUUAAACUUCGGUGAGAAGAAGCUUGCACAGCCGUCCUUGAGUGGGAGAGCACUAUAACCGUGGUUGUUUUUAACCUGUACAAAUGUAAAAUACUAUUCUAAUGACUAUUGUGUUGUUUUGAUUCAAGAUUCUAAUGACAAUAAAAGACUGG